UGAAAAUCUUUCUUGUUUUGAAUAGUCUCUGCAGGUUAUCUGGCUGUAAUCUGUCAGAGAGAAGCUGUGAAGUUCUGUCUUCAGUUCUCAGCUCUCAGUCCUCCAGUCUGACAGAACUGGACCUGAGUCAGAACCGGCUGCAGGAUUCAGGAAUGAAGCUGCUGUCUGCUGGACUGGAGAGUCCACACUGUCACCUGGAGACUCUCAGGCUGAGUUUGUGUGAUCUGUCAGAGAGAAGCUGUGAAGUUUUGAGCUCACUUCUCAGCUCACAGUCCUCCAGUCUGAGAGAACUGGAUCUGAGUAACAACAAUCUGCAGGAUUCAGUAUUGAAGCUGCUGUCUGCUGGACUGGAGAGUCCACACUAUCACCUGGACACUCUCAGGCUGUCAGGCUGUCUGAUCACACAUGAAGGCUGUGCUUCUCUGGCCUCAGCUCUGACCUCCAACCCCUCCCAUCUCAGAGAGCUGGACCUGAGCUACAACCAUCCAGGAGACUCAGUCAAGCUGCUGGAUCCACUCCAGACUCUGGACUCUCUCAGGGUGGAUCCUGGUGGAGUCCGAUGGCUGAGACCAGGUCUGAGGAAGUAUUUCUGUGAACUCUGUCUGGAUCCAAACUCAGUGAACAGAAAACUCAAACUGACCAAAAACACAAAGGUGGAACAUGUGGACAAGGAUCAAUCAUAUCCUGAUCAUCCAGACAGAUUUGACCUUUGCCCUCAGGUCCUGUCUUCAGCCUGUCUGACCUGUCGCUGUUACUGGGAGGUCGAGUGGACAGGAGACGUUUUUAUAUCAGUGACUUACAGAAGAAUCAGAAGGAAAGGAGACAGUGUGGACUCUGUGUUUGGAUGUAAUGAUCAGUCCUGGAGUCUGUUCUGCUCUGAUGGUUGCUACUUUGUCUGGCACAAUAACAGACAAACAUUCUGUCCUCGCUGCCCUUCGUCCUCUCACAGAGUCUCAGUGUUUGUGGACUGUCCUGCUGGCACUCUGUCCUUCUAUGAAGUCUCCUCUGACUCUCUGAUCCACCUCCACACCUUCUGCUGCAUGUUCACUGAACCUCUGUGUGCUGGGUUCGGGAUCUGGUCUGAUCCUGGUUCCUCUGUGUCUGUGUGA